UUACAAAUGAAUGAACAAUAUCAACAUAAACUUAAUCAAUUUCACUCGUGCAAUAUUUCAAACUUAUUGAAAAUGAUUUAUUUCUUAUAAACAAUGAUAAAGUACGUUCAAGAACGACUUCUAAGAUCUCGAUGUGGUAUUUUGAAAUCCCAACGAGGCGUAUUAUCAUUGCGUGACUGGCAUUUUAACAUUUGCUACUAUUCGCUGAGUGUUUUGAUGAUAGUUUUUCCGCUGCGGUACAAUGGAUUGGACUAAAUGUUUGCUUGCUCUUGUCGCAUUUGCUAUAAUAGCCUAUAAGUAUUUGAAGAGAGUUCACAGUCAUUGGAAAAAACAAAAUGUACCAUUUGUACCAGAUCCUAUUCCACUUUUUGGACAUAUGCUACCGACUAUUAUCGUCAAGGAAAAUAUCAUUGACUUUGUCGACAGAGCUUAUAAGAAUUUCAAUACGAGCAUGGUCGGUUUCUUCUUCAUGCAACAGCCUGGUAUAAUUCUACGUGAUCCUGAUUUAGUGAAGAGUGUUUUGCAAACCAACUUUUCGAGUUUUAAUAGCAAUGUCAUGUCGCUCAGUGAAAAACACGAUCCGGUUCUGGCGAAAAAUCCGUUUUUCACGAGAGAUCCCCAUUUGUGGAGACCAAGGCGUAAUAAGGUAUCCAAUAAUCUAACCGGAAAAAAAUUAAAGCUCCUGUCAGUCAUUAUUCAGGAAGUUUGUAAUAAAAUGACAGUGUUCGUCGAUCGCAAAAUUCAAGAAAACAACGGACAGUACGAGUGUGAGCUCAAAGCAUACUUCUUAAGAUACACAGGUGAAGUUGUAGCUAACUCAGCUUUUGCGAUCGAGGGUGAAAGUUUUGAAGACAAUCCGAACAAAUUGUCCUUUACCAAGGUUAGUAAAACUCUGCUUCAACCAUCGUUCAUCAAUGGUCUUAAGCAAGCGCUUAUUUUCUACGUACCAAUGGUCGCCGAGUUUUUCGGAUUAAGUUUCUUGGACAAAAGAACCGACAUCUACAUGCGUGAAAAUAUCAAGACCAUUCUCAAGAAAAGACAACAAGCAGGUGAUGCGCCAAACGACUAUUUAAAGUUUUGUUCAGAGUUUAACUCCGAGCUCGAUGAUAUUCUCGCGGAAAUAUUCAACUUCUACAUCGAUGUCUACGAAACUUCGAGCACAAUCCUGGCUAAUAUUUGUCACUGUCUCGCUCAAAAUCAGGAAAUCCAAGCGCAACUUCGUGAUCACAUCACGUCUGCGUUGAAAGAUAACGAAGAAACCAUCAGUUACGAUUCGCUAAAGAACAUGAAUUACUUAGAUCAAGUGGUAUACGAGGGCUUGCGUCAGCUUCCACCUCUAGCUGUUCAAAUGAAGUACUGCAAUGAAGCAAUUAGUCUCACGGGCCCCGAUGGUCUGACUUGUCACUUAGAACCAGGAAAUCCCGUGUUCAUCCCGGUGCGAAGACUCCAUCUGGACGACAAGUAUUGGCCGAAUCCGAACGUUUUCGAUCCACUCAGAUUCAGCGUGGAGAACCAAGCUAAUAAUAAUAAAUAUGCAUUUUUGGCAUUCGGCGAAGGGCCAAGAAUGUGUGUCGGCAUGAGACUUGGCCUUCUGUUAGUUAAACAUGCAAUUGCGACGUUGCUCCUGAAAUAUUCCAUUGAGCCUUCUGCAAAAACCAAAGUUCCAUUGGAGAUCGAACCAUCUUCGCUUUUAUUGAGUUUCAAAGGUGGCUUAUGGUGCAAAUUUAAAUUACAAAAUUAAUUUUAAAAUGUCGCUUUUCGAUCGAAUGAUGUCGAAUUCUGAAAAGUCGCCUUUGUAAUAUUUUGGUGCAAAAAUGUAAAUAAAAUUAUAGUAGAAUGAUGCUUGCAUUGGUCAGUGAACACUUUCAACGAUAAUGUUUUUUGCCUUUUAAAAAGUAUUAAUAAUUUGCUUAUCGCAGUUGGUUAUCCAAAAGGCUCCGUCUUGGCGAUGAAAACAUAUGACUUGAGUAUAUCGUACAACUGAUAGCGCUUACACGAUUUGCACGAGAAGAGAGAAGGAGACAUAGCGCUACUCAUUCACAUAUGAUUAUAGAUUGCGUGCAACCACUGUCAUAGCUACCUAUACGCUAUAUCGCUAAGUAAAGUGCACGUACGAGCUUGACGAGUCACUCUCGCUCUGGCCGUCUUAUACUGAUAAAACGUAUCUUGCUGUCUAUAUCCAAACUUCGUCAUCAGCAACGACAACAGUUCGAGAACACUUACUCAUAUAAGAUACAUAAGCCAACUAUUGUACGUUGUCAAAUACAAAAAUAUAUCAGGAGCAUUAGAAUACAGGAGGGAGCCAAACAAAACUGCCGCGCGGGGCGAUAAGCCGACUCAGAAUUGGAAAAAUUAAAAAGGAAAACAAAUUAAGGAUUUACUAUUUGAGGAGAACUAGGAGCGUGGAAGCUGAGAGAGCUCCUGGAGCCUCGCGUUUGAGCUUUUAUAUCCUUUGGGGGUAGUGGAUGAAAAUCACUUCUCUUGGGCCCUUGAUGCAGCUUCGGUUCAAAUGAUGGGAGUGGUGGCAAAUUU